GCGCUAAAUUUAAGAAUUCAAAUAAAUCAGCCGCCAAAACCUCCACCUUGCCGUUAGAUCCAUAUAUAUACUUGAUUUUUCUCUUCACUUUCUCGCACUUUCAUUUCGCCCAAGCACUCCAAAACAGUUCUUAAAGCAUAAGGUAAAAUAUAUUUGAAUGGGUGGUUAAAGUUUCAUCUUUAAGAUGCACGGCAGAAAGGCGUAUCAGUUGGUGAAAGAGUUUGCCGGUAGUGAAAAAGGGCAUCUCAAGAUUUUCAACGACGAGCUGUUUGAACGAGUAGCUGAAGAAUGCAAUGAGCAUCAUAAUGCACUUCAGUCAUUGAUAAGGAAAAUGCAAGAGGAGGGACUAGAAGUCCAAACAGCUAGAAAUGCAGAUCAUUAUGGAGCACUCGUCCAUCACCUUUCUUUAAUUCGCAACAAGCGUUGCCUAAUGGCAUAUGUGUACAACCGAGCUGAAAUUAUCCGAGAUUUGGCAUGGAAGGUAGGGCUGCUUCAUGAGCUUCCAUGUGAAAUUAAGGAGAAGUUCAGUGACUCAGAGGAACAGUAUUUCAAAGAUCAUUCUAAAUCUUUGAAAAUGUACAUGUCACAGCUGAGUCUUGAUGUAAAUGUGGAUAUGGUGCCUCCGAAAGAUCCCUACAUCAAGGUAAGAGUGCUUGAAGAUUUGGGAAGUGGAAUAAUUCUUAGUGAUAAAUCUGCCAAUUUUGCUAGCCACUCAAUGCACUUUCUGAAACGAACUGAUGCAGAGCAAUACAUUGCACGGGGCUUAAUGGAGGAAUUGAUAAGCUGAGCCUGAAACAGUUGUUUAUAUGAUGUUUCAUAUCUUCAGCGGCCAAUGCGGUUAGCUUAAUACCGAACCUGUUUAUUCACUCUUAAGUGCAUUUUAGGUCUGAGCAGGACAAAUGUAAUAAAUGUUACUCUGUCUUUGACAAUGAGAGAAAUUAAAUUUGAUUUGUUUUUUCCUUU